AUGCAUACGUGUCCGUUGCAUUGGAGGCAGGGUUACGCCGAGGGGUUAGCCAACACUAUUCCCAUCCUCGCUCGGCGAUACGGCAAUUUGGUCCGUGCAAAUCCUUUCAUCUCACCCGUGGAGCUCAAAAGAAUGCUCGAGGGUCACGGAAGGGUAGUGAUCCACUACUGGCAGGCUUGGCGGCUUCGAGAGUACAUCUUAAAGGAGCGAUAUGGAGAUUGGAAGGAGUCCUUUCGCCAGGUUCCGUGGCUUCUCACUCGUUUCACAGUCAUCGAUCCGGAAGUUCAAGUGCGGUUGGACACAUUAGAUCGGUGUUUCCACCGAUUCUACGUGCGUCCCUCUGCAGCACGGCAUGCGUUAAAUUAUUGCCGCCCGGUUGUUGCGCUCGACGGUACACAUCUCAUUAGUGCGCAGAAGGCUGUGCUGCUCAUCGCCGUCACCAUUGAAGGGAACCAGGAGAUUUUGUUACUUGCAUGGGCCUUGGUGGAGUCGGAGAACAAGGACGCGUGGACCUGGUUUCUGAAGCUGUUCCUUGAGGGGUUCCCGGAGUGGGCGCGUAGGGACGAUGCCUCCAUCAUCAGCGAUCGCGAUAAGGGGUUGGUGCCGGCAGCAAGGGAGGUGAUGCCAAGCCACAUCCCCCAUUAUUUCUGUGCCUGGCAUCUGGAGCAGAACCUUAAGCGGUUCGGCAAAGCGGCAACAGCGUUCUUCUGGCGGUUGGUGAAGUGUCGGUCUGAAACGAAAUGGGUUGCGCUUGUCGGGGCCGCACGACGAGAUUUUCCUGACAUGGCCGCAUAUCUGUUCGGGCCUGUCCGGCAGCAGCCACAGCCACAACCCCAGCCGGCUCCUCAGGUCCCCCCUCCUGGAGCCCGGGCAACAUUUGAUGGGGCCAGGGAUUUCGUGUUCGCGGAUGCUCGCGAAGGGAGGAGGGCACAGCGAGGGCAGGAGCGUGGUGUCAACGCGGGAAAUGGUGGCGUCGACACCGCGUCCCAACCCGAAGGGAGUGGGUUCCCGGAGGGCAACACGGUAUUGGAGUCCCUUCAGGGAUACCAGACGAAGGGGAUGGCGGAGCGGCUGCUUUUGGCAUCGGCCGUGGAGGGCGAGGACGAGCUUCAUCUGGACGUGGUCGCAGAGGGAGAGGCGGUGGCGUUGCAGGGGCGGGCCUUGGCAGGGGAGGUAGAGGAGUGCCCCCCGCGGCCGAUUGCGGAGGGCAGGGGGGUGGCGGAUCAGACUUCACGGGGGUUGGUGGUGGAGUACGGGAAGUGCCGCUCGGUGGGGCCGGCGGGGAGCAGGGGGAUGCCGGCGCGGGAUGGUCCGGCAUUGCAGGUGGAGGGAGGGGAGUCCCGCUUGGUGGGGCUCCUGGAGGGCAGGGGGGUGCAGGAGCAGGAUGGUCCGGCAUUGGAGGUGGAGGGAGGGGAGUCCCGCUUGGUGGGACUCCUGGAGGGCAGGGGGGUGCAGGAGCAGGAUGGUCCGGCAUUGGAGGUGGAGGGAGGGGAGUCCCGCUUGGUGGGGCUCCUGGAGGGCAGGGGGGUGCCGGAGCAGGAUGGUCCGGCAUUGGAGGUGGAGGGAGGGGAGUCCCGCUUGGUGGGGCUCCUGGAGGGCAGGUGGGUGCCGGAGCAGGAUGGUCCGGCAUUGGUGGUGGAGGGAGGGGAGUCCCGCUUGGUGGGCCUCCUGGAGGGCAGGGGGGUGCCGGAGCAGGAUGGUCCGGCAUUGGAGGUGGAGGGAGGGGAGUCCCGCUUGGUGGGGCUCCUGGAGGGCAGGGGGGUGCCGGAGCAGGAUGGUCCGGCAUUGGAGGUGGAGGGAGGGGAGUCCCGCUUGGUGGGCCUCCUGGAGGGCAGGGGGGUGCCGGAGCAGGAUGGUCCGGCAUUGGAGGUGGAGGGAGGGGAGUCCCGCUUGGUGGGCCUCCUGGAGGGCAGAUGGGGGCCGGAGCAGGAUGGUCAGGCAUUGGAGGUGUAG